AGCAACAACUACUCAAGAUCCCUUCCUUUUACCAUCCUCUUCCCUCUCGUCAAGAUGACCACCAGCCAUCCUUCGACUUCAUCGUCUCACCACUUUGGCCUAGCCACCUACGCCAGCCUGAUCAUCCCGAUCAUCUCGAUCUACAAAUACAGAGCAUCGAUCAGCUCCUUCAUCACUCCCAACAAGAAGCACAACAGCAGCAACAACCAUCUGCCACCACAAACCCCGGGAUAUCUGACAACCCCUCAGUAUGAAAUCGCACAACGAGAGAUGUUCAAGUUCCGGAGCGACGGCCAACGUGAACUGUUGAUCCCUCAUCGUGGUAAACUCAGGAAAGUCGUCCUCAGACCUACCGCCCAAUCGACUAUCAAGUUACAUGCCAAACAUUUCAUUCCACCCAAAACCUCGAUUCGGACCAAUGGAAAGAAAUCUGUCGGGGUGAAUCGUGAAUUCUUCAGACAGUUGAAAUGCUUGUUCAUGAUCAUCAUUCCGAGGUCAACUUCCAAAGAAGUCUUCAUGGUUCUAGUUCACACCUUCUUCCUCCUAAUGAGAACUUAUCUCUCUUUUCUGGUUGCCAAGUUGGACGGGAUUAUUGUCAGAGAUUUGGUCUCUGCUGAUCUCAAAGGGUUUGCAAAAGGGCUUCUGUACUGGUACUUGCUGGCGAUUCCUAGUACUUACACCAAUUCAAUGAUUCGAUUCUUACAAUCCAAAUUGGCACUCUCAUUUCGAACUCGAUUGACGAGAUAUGCACACGACUUAUAUCUCUCCCCCAACCAGAACUUUUACAAAUUAACCAACCUCGAUACAAGAAUCACCGCAGCAGAUCAAUUUCUUACGGCAGACAUAGCCAAGUUCUGUGAUUCGUUAUCGUCACUAUACUCCAACAUCUCUAAACCGGCGCUAGAUCUGAUCCUUUUUAACUAUCAACUUGGGAAGAGUAUCGGGAAAGUGGGCUCGAUGGGCUUGAUAAUCAAUUACUUGAUCACCGGAUGGAUCUUAAGACAAAUCACACCAGCAUUCGGCAAACUGAGUGCUGUGGAAACCAAACUCGAAGGCGAUUUCCGACUGACUCAUGCGAGAUUGAUCACGAAUUCCGAAGAGAUCUCGUUCUAUAAUGGGUCUCGCUUGGAGAAGGAUAUCCUGAAUCGCACCUACCUCCGAUUAAUCAGACACGUCAACUCGAUCUUCAAGAUCAGGAUCGCGUAUAGUAUGGCCGAGGACCUAGUGAUCAAGUAUGCAUGGAGUGCUGUGGGAUAUAUGCUUGUCAGUAUCCCUGUAUUCUUCCCAAACCAAACUAGCCCGGCUGCCCCAUCCCGAGGCCCGAUCGCCGCUCUCGAGAGCUCCUCAACCCAUUCUUCAGUCGCUAAGCGUACCGAAUCUUACAUCGCCAAUAGACGGUUGAUGCUCUCUCUAGCAGAUGCGGGAGGUAGAAUGAUGACGUCGGGAAAGGAUCUUGCAGAACUAGCAGGCUACACUUCGCAAGUGUAUACGCUUUUAGCCACCUUACACGAUCUCAAUCAGGACCGUUUCCAAUCGAUCCAAACCGAAUCAGCCAGCUGUCGGUUUGAUAUGGGAAUGGUCAACAGCCGGAUAAUCGAGGGCGAGGAAGAUGUUGUCGAAUUCUCUCACGUGCCGAUCGUUGUUCCUAGCUUAAUCCCAGGCAGGGAUGGGGAGCUCCUGGUUGAUGACUUGUCCGUCAAAAUCAGGCGGGGCGAACACUGCUUAAUCACUGGGCCAAACGGAGUGGGGAAGACUGCUAUUGCUAGAAUCUUGGCAGGCCUUUGGCCGUGUUUUGAAGGUGUGAUCAAGAAGCCUCGAUCCGACCAAAUCAUGUAUCUCCCACAGAGGCCAUACUUGAGUUUAGGAAGCUUGCGUGAUCAGGUGAUCUAUCCCCACAGCUUUCCGCAAUUCGAAGGCUUAGGGGGGACGGAUGAGGAGUUGAUGAAGAUUUUGGAACAAGCUCAUUUGGGUUACAUUCCUGCUCGAGAAGGAGGAUUUGAUACUAUCAAAGAAUGGAAAGAUGUCUUGAGUGGGGGUGAGAAACAAAGGGUUGCGAUUGCUAGAUUGUUUUAUCAUUCACCAAGGUUUGGGGUGAUGGAUGAAUGCACCUCAGCGGUCUCGACGGACGUGGAGGGAUUGAUGUACCAACACGCCAAGGAGCUCGGGAUCACGUUGAUCACGAUCAGUCAUAAGCCAUCCUUACUGAAGUACCAUGACUAUCUGUUGAAGUUAGGCACGACACCGACGGACUCGGAGGCUCAGAAUGGCUGGGAGUUGAGCAAGAUCGGCUCGGAGGCUGAGAAGCUUGGGACGGUCGAGAAAGAGGUGGAGGAGCUCAAAAAUCGGUUGGCUGAGGUCGACCAAUGGAAAGAUCGCUUGCAUCAGAUCGCAGUCGAAUUGGCUUUCCAAAAAUAAUGCCGUUCUUCCUUUAUUCAUGUCCUCCCCGCCAAAAAUAUUUUCUAACUUAAUAGUCAGUGUCAUUAUGCAAAUCUCGAAAAAUUCAUCCGCAAGUCGAUUUUUUCUCUUUGUAUUCAGUCUGAUCUAUCAAUAAAUUAGUUUCAACAUUAUGUGUGAUAUGGGCUGCAUUCAUUUCAUUUUCAGUUUUUCCCUUUCCUCUAGCUCAAUAGUGUGCUCUCCAUCCAUUUACAUAGACGUCUGCAUGUGUUGUAUUCCUAUUACUCUGCUUUCUCAUUUUCUUCGAUCAUCACCCAAUCUUUCUGGGUGGCGUGUUUUCCUGUAAGAUGUGGUAUCAUCAUCCUCAUCCUCAUCUACAUCGUUUUUCUUCUCCCUUCAAUAGUAAAUUUUAGUCUGUUUCUUCAAUAUUAAUAGAUCCUUAGAAAGAAAGAAAAA